CUUUGUGGUCGACUCGCUCGGAGCGCUUUUGCCGCUGUCGGUUAUUUAUUGUUGAGAUUUAUCAGCGAAUCGUUACGCGAACGCGCAUGUAAGCACAAAUAUGCAUAAAGCCGUUAAAAACAAAUCCAGGCUACUAUGUGGCCUGAAGAAGUCCAAGGCAGAUCUGACAACGGCUAAGUUUAUAUUAUAUUAUGGACCUACCGUUGCUGAUAGUGAUAUCUAUGAUAUGCACGACUACCAGAACUUGCUGACCGAUGAGCACUUGGACCUCAGCAAAAAUACAGUGCUUUAUCUGCACGGCUAUUUAGAGGAUCCCGAUGAGGAAAGCAUACACGUUAUCGCAGAAGCCUACCUGGAGAGAACGGAAGACACAAAUCUUAUUGUUUUGGAUUGGGGUGAACUGGCGGAUGGUAACUAUAUGUUUGAUGCUGUGGUAAAUAUGAAACAGCUUGGCCCUGAGCUAGCCAAAGUGCUGCUGGAAAUGUUUGAGCACGGCUUGGACAUUGAAAGGUUUCAUAUUGUGGGUCACUCCCUGGGAGGACAAAUGGCGGGCGUUAUAGGAAGAGAGGUUUUUAAACGCAGCAAGGGUAAAAAGAAGAUUAAAAGAAUAUCUGCUCUGGAUCCAGCUUUUCCGUUGUUCUACCUCACCGCUGGACUUGGCACGCAUUUGAACAAAAAUGACGCCGAGUUUGUGGAUGUUAUACACACAGAUGCCUGGUUGUAUGGAGCUCCCAGCAGUACGGGUACAGCCGACUUUUGGCCGAAUGGGGGCAAAACUUUACAACCAGGCUGCCCGAAACGAAAUUAUAAAAUGCUCAGUGAAAAUGAUCUUUCUAGUCAUCGGCGCAGCUGGUGGUUCUGGGCCGAGAGUGUGUCUGAUCGUUUUCCAAUAAAAUUCGAUGCAGUGGCUGCAAAAAGUUGGUCAGACUUUAAGGAUGGCAAACUGGUUGAGAACAGUCCGCAUGUGGUCAUGGGACAUUUUUGUCCUACAACUGUUCAUGGCGAUUUUUACUUACAAACAAAUGGAGCAACGCCAUUUGCCCGCGGCAAGGAGGGAACCAUGUAUGUGGAACCUAAAGAACUCAUCGGCAACAACUAUGUGGAGCCCUCAGUAUCGCCAAGUCAUUAAAAUGCAGCGCGACAUCAAAUACUAUUUGUAGAACAAAUUGAAAUUCUAGCACCCAGUAAUUUACAUUACUUAAAUGUAAACACGAAUUUGCACAUAAUUCUAGUUUAAGGUGGCGUUUGCUCAUGUUAACUAAAUACAUAUUAUUUAAAUAUA